AUGGGAUUCAAUACAGUUACCGAUCAGUUUAAAAAGUGGAAGCGCCAUUCUUUUAGUCAAGAAGAGUCAGGCACAUGCCAUAGAGAUUGUGCUCCAGUUGAACCAUCCUUGGAUACCAAGGAAGACAGGCGAAAAGCAGCAUUUAAAAAGAAUGGAAUGAUCACAGUUGCUACAGCGCCAUUGUCGCCACCUCAGUCUCCUACACCAACGCCACCUAUGACGACUCCAAAUAGAACUCGAACUUUUCCUCACACCACUAAAACGAACAACAACAACAACAACAACAACAACAACAACAGUAAGACAAAAAAGCAACAUCCUUGUAGUCCGGAUACCUAUCUUCAAGGCAUUGGAGAUUAUACCUUUGUUCGACAAAUUGGACAAGGAAAAUUCAGUCGUGUUAUGCUUUCAUCUCACUAUGCCACGAAAGAACAAGUGGCUAUAAAGAUCAUUGAUAAACGCCAACACGAUUAUCGUGUAUUAUCAAGGCUCACCCGCGAGAUUUCCCUUAUGGAAGUUCUUGACCAUCCCAAUAUCGUGCGGCUUUACGAGACGUAUGAAACCACCGACUCUCUUUACAUCGUGAUGGAAUACAUCGCUGGCCAAAAUUUAGACGAAUAUCUAACACAGAGAGGUGGCAAAUUGCAUGAAGAGGAAGCUCGUCAUAUUUUUAGACAGAUGGUAGCAGCGAUCGAUUAUUGUCAUUCCCGCUGGGUAGUACAUCGCGAUUUAAAAGCCCCUAAUAUCCUUUUGACAGAAGACGGCCAAGUAAAAGUAGCCGAUUUUGGCUUGGGCAACAGAUAUGGCAGAAGACGAUUAAAAACAAUUUGCGGUUCCAUGCUUUACUAUAGUCCGGAGAUUAUCAAUGGACAAGGCUAUACAGGGCCAGAAAUUGAUUGUUGGUGUUUGGGUGUAUCUUUGUACCGUAUGACGGUAGGUGAAGAGCCAUUUGCCCGUGCCAGAACUGUAGGUGAUUUGCGCAAAGACGUAACUCUUGGGAACUAUAGUAUUCCCAACUUUGUCAGUCCCGCAUUAAAAGAUACGAUCACAAAAUGUAUGUCUGUAGACCGAACAAAAAGAACAAGGUUACAUAUUGCACUGCGAAAUGACGCGUGGUUAACAGAAAAUGGAACUUUACCUGGUAUAUUUACUUACGGAACGUAUAUACCACGGAGCUCUUCUGCUAUUCUCAGUAGCGUUACUGCUUCAGCAACCACCACUACAACCAUAAGUAGGAACUCAGACGAAGAUGCAAUGGCCAUGCAGAAAAACGACAAGGACAGGAUGAGGUUUUGUCAAAUGAAGGAUAUGGAAGAAGAAAGACGCAUCAAAAAGCACAUCAAAAAAUCAGUGAUAUGCCAUCCCAAAACCCCCUCUAUUUAUUACACGAGUGUCAUACCUCAUUCACCAAAACUCGAAGACACAUUUGCCAAUAGCGAAGCGCAUCGUCAUAUAGUUUUUCAAAAGCUCAAUGAACUUUCCCGGCGAAUUCAACUUUCGCCAACAAUGAAAACUAGCAAUAAAUCACCUGUUCGCCAUCUGUUACGAAAAUUAAAAUCACCAGGUACUGGAACAGCACCAGCCUCUCCCUCUACUUUGACGAGUGGUACAUUACCGGAUCAAACCAAAAAGAAUCCUCUUCGGAAAUCCACAUCCAGCAUGAGCCUAAGUCAGUUAUACCAACGUGUGGCUAAAGAUCAAAUCCAUUAUUACACGUUUCAGCUCACUCCGGAUUUAGCCAUGCGAUUACACGCCAGUAUGGGUGAGUUUUCAUCCGCAUCACUAGCACAAAAUGGUAUGUAUUUUGCCCAACAAGAUGAAGCCCUCAUGAUGCGUAUUUUGAAAGGCCUGUGCGACAUUAUGGGCAUCACUUAUCAUCGUGAUAAAAGCAACAGAAUUAUCUGCGUGAUGGCUUUGAAAGACUACCAUUAUCAAAAGCAACAUCAACGGCAGCCACAAGACGAUCCCCAUCGAAGAUCUUCAUCUUCAUCCUCCUCUUUUUACAAACUUAACAUGUACAACAGUAAAAGAAAAGACAGUAAAAUCACAUCAUCCAAUCAAUCAUUAAGAUCUUUUUUCCAGCAUAAUACCAGUAGCAGUGCAGCAAACACAGGCCUGUCUGACAUGACCAUCAUGAAUUCACAGUACUUUGUAAAUGGCAACAGCAAUAGCAAUACAAGUGUGAAUGGCAAAAUGAGCAAAUUCAAAAGAAUGACAAGUCAUGUAUUUUCCAGCGUAUUUCCUUUCCAGUCAUCUACCUUGGUACAGCAACCACAGCGUCAACAGAAAUUUGCUCAGGAGAGCCAUCCUCGAAAUUCAAUAAAGUGUCCACCAUUUCCACAGCAAACACAACAACCAGUAACCAACAAAGAUCCAAUACAACCUCAGCAGCAAAUUCAUACGACUUCCGUGACAGAUUCAGCGGAAGACAGCGAUAACAAGCCUGGAGUUGCUGUAUUUAUUAUUGAAAUCAUUUCAUUGUCAAAAGACCUACAAAACCGUCUGGUAGGCAUCAAACUUUCUAAAUUAGACGGUUCCUCCAAAGUUUUCCGGAUUGCAUGUGGUUGGAUCACAGGCGUCAUGGGUCAGAAUAUAGGUGCAUCUCAGCUGGGUGACCCUACUUUAUUGUCACCAGCAAACGUAGAUAUGGAUAAUGCAACAUUGUUCAUGGAUGAUUAUGAGGAAGAUGAUAUCAAUACUAACAAUAUACAUCCUAACCUUCCGGCCAACACUGCUGUUCCUACUACCAUGAAACAAAGACUUCUUACCAGACCAAAAUCAUUCGCUACAUUCAAUAACUACGCACCAAGUACCACUGCUACUACUGAUCAUACCUUGAAUACCCCAACAGCACGUUCCCUAACUCCUACCACAUUUUUCUCAUCUGCACAACCUGUAGCUGUGCAGCCAUUAGUCACCAAAGUGUGA